AUGAGCGUCGCCUUAAAUCGCGCUCAACCACGGCGAGUCAACAGCACACUGAGAAGACCUGACAUGUUCUACAUUUAUGACGAUGGGGACGAAUCAGAUCAGAGCUCUAACAAAACAUUGACUGCUGAAUGCGCCAACCAGUGCACGCAGACCAAGGGUGACAUAAGGCAACGCUUAACAAUACAAAAAUGUUUAAUAACACCAAGACGAAAACUAAAAAGAGGAAAACUAAAAUUAAUGGACUGGAAAAAAUACCACAGACUGAGCGUAAUAUAUGCAUUCAUAGAUGAACUAGAAAGAGACUACCCAGCAAUUUGUACUGUGUCUGUGAUUGGAAAGUCCGUUGAAGGAAGGGAUAUUAAGAUGCUGAAAAUAUCCAAUAGCAAUGCAGAUAAUUCCGGGGUAUGGUUGGAUGCUUGCAUACAUCCUCGAGAAUGGAUUAGUGUUGCAGUCAUUACUUACAUAGCUGAUAUGCUUGUCAAAAACUUUCACACGCUUUCUUCUGCUAUUACUAGUAAAGAUUGGCAUAUUAUUCCAGUUCUAAAUCCAGAUGGUUAUGAAUACACGCACACACAUGAACGAAUGUGGAGAAAAAAUCGAGCGAGAUACGGAGGACAGUGUGUGGGUGUGGACCUCAAUAGAAAUUUUAGCUACGGUUGGGGCCAAAUUAACGGCGAAGAGGGUUCAUCUGAUGAACCAAGCCAUAUCUUCUAUAGAGGUCCAGCGCCAUUUUCUGAACCAGAGACAGUGGCAGUAAGGGACACAAUUCUCGGAUCAAUAACGCCUUUCAAGGUGUUCAUCUCCUUUCAUAGCUACUUUGAGCUGAUCAUCUUCCCGUGGGGCAACAGACAGGAUCCGUGUCCCGACUACCUGCACCUGCUGGAAGGUGGCACAGUCAUGGCAAGGGCAAUACAUGAAACGUCUGGGAAGACUUAUAAAGUCGGAAAUACAAAGGACCUCACUUACUACGCAUGUGGGACCAGUAUAGACUGGAGCUAUUCGAUAGCGAAGAUACCAUAUUCUUACAUGGUAGAGCUUAGAAGUAAGCAACACAGAUUUAGACUUCCGAAAGACCAAAUAAUGGAGACCUGUAAAGAAAUUUGGAAUGCUGUCAAGAAUUUGAUGGACUACGUUGAUGAACAUUGA